AUGCCAAGAAUCUUCGUCAUAUUGCUGGUGCACUUGCUGUUUUUCUUUGCCUAUUCCGCACAGGCACAACAAGUGUCUGUGCCACUAGACUAUGGGACUUUCAAAGGUGUAUAUUCGUCAAUGUAUGACAUAAAUUACUGGAGAAAAAUUCCCUACGCCGCUCCGCCAGUAGGAGAGAACAGAUUCAGAGCACCACAACCACCUCUUUCCGUCACAAAUGGGACAUAUGACUCAAACCAGGAUUUCGACCUCUGUCCACAAAGAACUGUUAAUGGCUCAGAGGACUGCCUCUACCUUGGUCUUUUCUCCCGACCUUGGACGCCCUCCAAACCUCUCAGACCAGUCGUGAUUUUCUUCCACGGCGGUGGCUUCAUUAGAGGUGGCGGACCAUUCACCAUCCCACCAGGAGGCUACCCAGUCCUCAAUGUCACCAAUUCCACAGAUCUGCUCUUCAUCUAUCCCAACUAUCGCGUCAAUGCAUUCGGCUUCCUACCAGGUGCUGAGAUAGCCUCAUCUCCAACUUCGGAUCUGAAUCCAGGGCUACUAGACCAGCGAGCCGUUCUAGAAUGGACCAGGAAGUACGUGAAGCAAUUCGGCGGCGAUCCCAAAGAUGUCAGUAUUUGGGGUCAGUCCGCCGGAGCGGGCAGCGUCAUUGCGCAAGUCCUCGCGAACGGAAAUGGAAACACUUCCCCCCGUCUCUUCUCCAAAGCUGUAGCUUCCUCACCGUUCUGGUCCAAGACCUACAGAUACGACUCUGAGGAAUCACAAACCGUUUACGACACGUUCGCGAACUUGAGCGGUUGUGCUGGACCUGAUUCCUUGAAGUGUUUGAAGAGCGCUGAUUUGCAGGUUUUGAGGACUGCGGCACUACAAAUUGCGAGUUUGAAUGAGUUUACAACUAGCACUUUUACAUGGGGGCCAGUUAUUGACGGGACAUUUUUGAAGAGGCCAUUGAGUGAAGUGACGGAAAAGGGGGAUUUGGAUAUUGAUCUUGGGUUUGGAUUUUAUAAUUCGCAUGAAGGAGAAAACUUCAUACCGCCUGGGCUCGCCAACGAAGUCAGCUCAGGAGCUCCAGCUUUCAACUCUAGCAGCGCAUCUUUCGACGCAUGGGUCAAAGGCUUCCUGCCCAAAUUCUCAGACCGCAAUCUCCGACGUCUGAAAGACCUGUAUCCUGCAGUGGGUUCGACAGAGACUAUUUCAAACUACAACACCACGUAUGUCAGAGCCGGUCUGAUUUACCGAGAUGUUGUUCUCGCAUGUCCGGCGUAUUGGAUGGCGAGAGGAGCUCGAAAGAGGAGUUACGUGGGAGAGUAUACGAUUUCGCCUGCUAAGCAUGCGAGUGACACGCAAUUCUGGAACCAAGUCAACGCCGUACAGCAGUCACAACCACUUAUCUACAAAGGCUUCACAGGUGCCUUUGCAUCUUUCUUCCAGAACAGUGAUCCCAAUAAGAACAAGCUUACUGAUGUAGAUCAGCCAGGAGUACCUGAGCUCUGGAAGACGGGGAAGGAGUUCGUAGUGAAUAGUGAUGGAUUCCAGAAUUUGAAGUUGGAUGCGUUAGCGAAGCGCUGCGAGUUCUGGAAAGAUGUCGGAAAGUUCGUGCCAAUCUAA